AUGUCAGAAGAAGAGGAAGAAGAGUUUGAAGAGGAGGAAUUUUUUGGGACAUACGAAGGAGGAAGAAAUGAAAUGGGAGAACGCCAUGGAUAUGGAAAGGCAGUAUUGCCUAAUCAUGACACAUAUGAAGGCUAUUACGAAAAAGGUCUGAGGAAUGGUGAAGGGCUCUACACAUUUGUAAAUGGAGCUCGUUAUUUUGGAGAAUAUCUAGAUAAUGUUAAGCAUGGAAAAGGGGCGUUUUAUUAUCCUGACGGCUCUUUUUAUCAAGGUGAUUGGGUGGAAAAUAAGAGAAAUGGUUAUGGAACCUAUCAUUAUAUAAAUGGAGACAUAUAUGAGGGCGAAUGGCGAGAUCAUGUUCGUCAUGGAAAAGGAACUUAUAUUUGUAAAGAUGGCACCAAGUUUAUCGGUCAAUGGCGGAAGGGUAAAAUGCAUGGGGCAAGUGAAGUAAUUACUCCCAAAUAUCGAUUUCUUGGAAAUUGGCAUAAAGGACAUCUCUUUGGAGAAGGCAGUUAUAUGUUCGAUAAAUUGAAUUGUCAGCAAACUGGGAGAUAUCACAUCUUCCCCAUCGGACCGGGUGAAGUACUUGACGAUUCAGAUGAUUCAAAAGUCUCGAAAUGGAACGCAGAAACAAUUGAGCUGUUCGUUCCUGAAGAGCAAAAAAGCAAGAUAAGCCAGAAGAGUUCAAAUGAUCUAAAAAAUGUUAAAGUUGCUGUUUUUAAUAAUCCGAAUUUCGAUUUUCUUAAUGCCACUGAGGAAACCCCGAUCCAACCAGAUACUGAAAUUGAAGUUUUAAAUGAAAAAACUCACGUUAGCGAUGAUAACGAAACAAUUGAAAUUUUAAAUUUGUAG